AUCAGCAUUCUCAACUUCCUGCUGUGGUUAAUGUAACGUUUCAUUUUAUGAUUUCAUGACUUCUGUUUCACCACCAUCAAAAUAAAUAUAGUGAGCGUCUGUGCUUUCCCACCACACCAUGGCAUUACUUCACAUCCUGUACAAAGACGCACUGUUGGCAAAUCGUUUGGUACUGACUAUUCAACUCACACUCUCUCUUAUGAGGUUUCCUCAAGACCUUCUGAUAUUGUUGGAAAAGUGCAGCUAAUACAGGAUUUCAGGACAUCAUGGACAUGACUCCCACCCCCAGCUUUGGUAAUAGUAACCUGAAUGAAGCCAACAAUUGUGGAGUGGACCUCAGCCAAGAUGCCAUCUACCUUCCUGUAAUCUACAGUAUCUUCUUCAUCAUUGGCACUCCCCUCAAUCUGAUGGCGCUGUUCGGGCUCUAUCGUCUGAUCAAGUCUGAAAACGUCUUACCGGUGUACGUGAUCAACCUGCUCCUUUCGGAUCUCCUCCAACUGUUCACUGUACCACUAUGGAUUGACUACUAUCGCAGGGGUCACAGCUGGCGAUUCGGGUCCACUUCCUGCCAGUUAUUGGGGGUCAGUUUCUACGUCAGCAUUUACACCGGCAUUGCCUUCAUGUGUAUCAUCGCUUUGGAGCGCUACUUGGCCAUCGCCAAGCCUCUGAGAUUCCAAGCAUUGAGAAAGCUGAAGUUUGCACGAUGGAUAGCCCUUAGCAUAUGGGUCGUGGUAGCCGUGCCUCCAUCCAUCAUCUUGCAUAAACUGCAACCCAACGACAAUCACACCCUGUGUAUCGAGAGCUACCCUUCCAAGGAGGGGUUCAUCAUCUACCGAUUGAUCACCUUAUCCCUGUCCUUCAUCAUCCCUCUCGCCUUCAUCGUGAUCCUCCACCAGAAGACCCUGAGGUCUUUGUCGGCCAUUGGUACCUUGGGAACGGAAGAGAAGCACCGCAUCAGGGGGCUUCUCAUUCUGCUGAUGGUCAUCUUCAUCCUGGUCCUCGGCCCCUACCACAUCACAGGAUGCGUUAAGUACAUUGGAUUGCUUCUCCACGGUGACGCCUGUGAGUGGGAGAAGGCAGUGUUUGUGCCCUACCAGCUGGGCAGGGGUUUGCUGAGCCUCAACAGUGUGCUGGACCCUAUACUUUAUACGUUCCUGAGGAGUGACUUUAGGGCGGCUGCGGGCCAUUACCUGCCCUGCCUGAGGAGAAUACAGGAGUCUGUAUGCAGGACUGUGAGUCAUCAGAGAACCACCACUAAGACCCCUAGUACUCUCUCAGAUCACUCUGAUUCUAUCUAAACCCAAACCAGACCUUUGUAACAUACCUGUACAGGAUGUACAGUACCUAGCUAGAUGCUAUCUGCUUGUAUUAUAAUGUAAUAACCAGAUUUCGAAAAACCAUCACCAGGACCACUAUUAUCCUUGAAGACCCCACAGAGAGACCCUGAUUCAACCUGUGAUAAACAUUAAUACUGAACAUUAUUCAUAAAUGCUGCAGAACAAAGGUUAUUCUGUGGGAAAGGAAAAUCUCUAAGAUAUAUAUAUAUUUUGUAUUAUUAUAAUAAUUUUUUACAAAAACUGUUUGUUUCUUUAAACAGUGCCAGUGGGUUUGGGAAAGUACAUUCUUGAUUGAGACAGACGUGGUUUGCCACAUAUUGCCACAGCCAGGAAGUUGCCAGAUUUGGGAUUUCAUGUGGAGGCAGCUGGUCUCGCAGAAGGACUGGUGUCCUCAUAAUAAAUUCACAUUUCCUCUUUCAAGCACCAAACAAUUUCACGAAAAGGAACUUGCUUAGAAACAGAUCUUGUUCCAAAUCAAUUUGAAGUUGUUUUACAAACUUGUUUUACAACUUUGUUUAAACAAACUUACAAACUAGACCUGAAACAUAUAAGAUAAACUGCUGAAGGACUGAUCAUAGUUGUAAUCCUUGGUUGUCCACAAUAGUGUAUAUUUGACACUGGGGAGAAAAAGAAUGUAGUACUUUGAUGAUUUAGAGUUGCCUCUGGCAACUGAGAGGGAUGGUUGGACGAGACUGUUCUACCUGUUUAUAAAUAGCAUCGUACCCAACUGAGAGGGAUGGUUGGACGAGACUGUCCUACCUGUUUAUAAAUAGCAUCGUACCCAACUGAGAGGGAUGGUUGGACGAGACUGUUCUACCUGUUUAUAAAUAUCAUCGUACCCAACUGAGAGGGAUGGUUGGACGAGACUGUCCUACCUGUUUAUAAAUAGCAUCGUACUCAACUGAGAGGGAUGAUUGGACGAGACUGUUCUACCUGUUUAUAAAUAGCAUCGUACCCAACUGAGAGGGAUGGUUGGACGAGACUGUUCUACAUGUUUAUAAAUAGCAUCGUACUCAACUGAGAGGGAUGAUUGGACGAGACUGUUCUACCUGUUUAUAAAUAGCACCGUACCCAACUGAGAGGGAUGAUUGGACGAGACUGUUCUACCUGUUUAUAAAUAGCACCGUACUCAACUGAGAGGGAUGAUUGGACGAGACUGUUCUACCUGUUUAUAAAUAGCACCGUACUCAACUGAGAGGGAUGAUUGGACGAGACUGUUCUACCUGUUUAUAAAUAUCAUCGUACCCAACUGAGAGGGAUGAUUGGACGAGACUGUUCUACCUGUUUAUAAAUAGCAUCGUACCCAACUGAGAGGGAUGGUUGGACGAGACUGUUCUACAUGUUUAUAAAUAGCAUCGUACUCAACUGAGAGGGAUGGUUGGACGAGACUGUCCUACCUGUUUAUAAAUAGCAUCGUACCCAACUGAGAGGGAUGGUUGGACGAGACUGUUCUACAUGUUUAUAAAUAGCAUCGUACUCAACUGAGGACCACAUGUACACAAGAAUUGGAAGUGGUUUUGUAAUGUGGGGCAAUGUGUAAUAUUGUAUUUCUAUCAGCAUUGCAAUGCUAAAUGUAAAUCAAUCUAUAUCACAAACCUAUGUACCAUUUCAUUUAAAACAUUUAAUUUAAAACAUAACUGUACAUACAGUAUCAUGACACCUUUCAGAUUCAGUUGAUUAAGAAUUUCAUGUUUGCAUAAAAAUGAUAUAGAUUAUAUCCCACAUGUUACUAUAGCCUAUAGGGGGGCAAAACUAAUGACAUCUAUAGUGAGUUCCUAAUGUUUCCAUCUGUGCUACAACACUGAAGGUGCUAAAGAUGAUGCCGUUGGCAUAGUAACACGUACCACCUGACAUUAUGUGCAUUGUAUGUCCAAUUUAUCUGCCCACAGAGACUAAUCGCAUAAUUCCAGCUCUAUGGUUGAGGCAGUCAUUCCACACGGCACUAAAUUGAAGGGACCCAGACUCCUGUAAAAUUGCUCUUGAUUCAUAGAACUGCCAAAUCAAUAAAAGUGUAUUUUAUCUAAUUACACAUUAUUAAAGCCAAGACAUAUAUAUAUAUAUUUAAUCAACUCCUUGCCUCUGUGAAUGAGCCAAGCAUUAUUGCACUGAUUCAGAUUGAUACCAGUUAAUUGUUGUACAAAGCAUUAAAGAGCGUUUUAAUUCUA